GGAGAGCUCGCCGCGUGCAUGCUCAUCUCUCGCAUCUUCUUGCUUCCCUCCAGACGUCUUUCUGCCAGGUCACUCUCUGCCUCUGCGCUCCGUCACCACUACUCAGCACGUUCCUGUAUGGCCGUACAGCAACCCCCCUGGUCGUUGCCCACCCAGAGGGCUCCGGAGCCUGUCCUCAAGGUGUACAACUCCUUGACGCGCACCAAAACAGAGUUCGUCCCGAACGAAGGACGCCAUGUGAAGUGGUACAAUUGCGGACCUACGGUCUAUGACGCUUCGCACAUGGGGCAUGCGAGGAAUUAUGUCACACAGGACAUCCUCCGGAGGAUCCUGACUGAUUACUUCAAGUACGAUGUUCACUUCGUCAUGAACAUCACGGACAUCGAUGACAAGAUUAUUCUCCGAGCUCGCCAUAACCACCUCAUCUCCAAGCUCAUAUCCGAGACGACAUCGCUCACCCCAGAACUCAUCGGGCAAGUGCAAGCCGCCUGGGUCUCCUACGUCCAAACGAAGGUGUCCAAGGGCCUUGCAGACUCGGACCGACCCACCGCUGGGAGUGAACGGGAAGCGUGGCCCGAGCUGGUUCAGCGCUUUCAAGAUAAGGCGUGGAGGCUGCAGCUUCUCCAUAAGGACGAGAAAUUCGAAAUGCACUUCAACGCAGCGAAUGUAACCUACAAUUCUCUUGUUCAAGCCGAAAAACAGUUCCAAUCCGGACAGACUGGUGCGGAGGUGGCCCAUUCCCUGAUAGACGUUUCGAAAGACGUCCUGGCGCUAGCAUUAGACAAGCAGUCUGGCAGCACGGUCAACGAUCAUGCGAUCUUCCGUUCUCUCGCGGCGUACUGGGAGACCGAGUUCUUCAAAGACAUGCGCCGCCUUCGCGUCCGCGACCCUGAUACUCUGACGCGUGUGACGGAAUACGUGCCCGAGAUCGUUGAUUUUGUUGAGGGCAUCGUCAAGAAUGGAUACGGCUACGAGGUCGAAGGCAGUGUAUACUUUGACACUCGGGCGUUUGACAGGUCCGACAAUCACUCGUACGCGAAGCUCGAGCCGUGGAGCAAGGGCAACUCGGAGCUCCUCGAGGAAGGCGAGGGCGCGCUCUCUGUGACGACCGGCCGCCGCUCUCCUGCGGACUUCGCAUUGUGGAAGGCGUCGAAGCCUGGGGAGCCAUCGUGGCCGUCGCCCUGGGGCUCUGGUCGGCCGGGUUGGCAUAUCGAGUGCUCUGUCAUGGCGUCCGCUAUCUUUGGCGAUAACAUGGACAUCCAUUCUGGCGGCAUUGAUUUGGCAUUCCCCCACCACGAUAACGAAAUGGCUCAGUCAGAGGCGUAUCACAACUGCCAUGCGUGGGUCAACUAUUUCCUUCACACGGGCCAUCUGCACAUCGAAGGCUUGAAGAUGAGCAAAUCGCUCAAAAACUUCAUCACGAUUGAUGAAAUCUUACAGAGAUACACCGCGCGCCAACUGCGCCUGGCGUUCCUGACGCAGCUAUGGAAUUCGAAGGUCGACUUCACCGAGUCGCUCAUGACCGGCGAAGUGCGUAAUAUCGAGAUUGCAUUCAAUAACUUCUUCACGAACAUCAAAGCGCUCGUCUCCCACGCAGAGGCGGAGGGCCCCUCCCUCGACGGCAAGAACCGCUUCCAGCAGGCAGAGCGGGAGUUGACGGACAGUUUCCAUGCAAGUCAAGGGGCUUUCCGAGCCGCUCUUUGCGACUCAUUCAACACUCCUCAAGCGAUCAACGUCCUCCGCGAGCUCGUGUCGCGUACGAACGUCUAUAUCAACGCAUCCAGCGGCAACCUCGAGAUCGGGCUUGUGCAGCGCGUGGCGCGCUGGGUCGGCGAGCAGUUGCGCAUGUUCGGCCUCGGCGAGGGUGAGACGACGGAGAUUGGCUGGGGCCAGGAACGCAAUGGUGAUGAGGGCACUGUCAACCGGGAGGAAGUACUCAUGCCAUAUCUCCGGACGCUGUCUUCCUUCCGCGACGGUGUCCGGAGACUUGCCAUCGCGAAGGGUGAGAACACGCUCAAGGACAUUCUGGCGCUGUCCGACAAGUUACGCGACAACGACCUUGUGCCGCUGGGAGUUGCCCUAGACGACCAAGAAGACGGAAGAGCGCUUGUCAAACUCGUGCCACCCGCGGAGCUCAUCAAGGCUCGCGAUGAGAAACGGGCACUUGCAGAAGCGAAGGCUGCCCGGAAGGCCGCUGCCGUAGAAGCGGAGAGACAGAAACGCAUAGCAGCGCUCGAGAAGGGGCGUGUGCCUCCGCAGGAGUUCUUGAAGCCGCCGAAUGUGCCUGAGGGCACGUAUGGGAGCUGGGACGAGAAUGGUCUGCCUCUUACGGACGGGGAGGGCAAGGAACUCAGCAAGAGCGCCUCGAAGAAGGCGAAGAAGGAAUGGGAGCUGCAGGACAAGCGCCAUAAGGACUUCCUUGAGUUGCAGAGGCAGGAACAGCAGUAGAAUUCAGUUGCAGCGGCGUCUCGAGGACCCGUUCCAUUUGGUUGAUUCUGUCAACAUGCUCGGUGUCUGUCUUCUGAAACUUGGAAUUGCGGAGGAAGUUAAUGCAUAUUUCAAAC